AUGCCACUGCGGGCCCUAGCCGAUCUAGGAAUUCCUUACUACGAUCCGGCUAAGUCAGACCAAGGUUACUAUUCUGGGGUACAAUGCCGACUCGCAAAGAGCCAUCGGCAAGAUUCGUCUCUUGUGUGUGCGGAUCUGAAGACUGAGAACGGUCGAGGCAGAAAAGUACCCCUCGAGCCGCAUCUAAGUGAAGAAGAAAGGGAAGCUUGGCUAGCCGGCCAGUACGUCGAUCUCAGAAAACAUAGGCUUGGGCUACCUGCCAACUCCGCUCCCUGCGCCGAAAACUUUGUCUUACGCCGAAAGUUCUGGAGAUCUUUCUUUCAGAUCUCUUCCAAUUGUCUAUAA